AUGGCUAACUCUGAUGUAGUACAUACCUCUACGCCUGCUGAGAGUGAGUGUGUGUCGUGUUUGCAGCCAACGCCAACGCCAACUCCUACCCCGACUUCGCGAACCUCAUUAACUCCAGCCACACAAGCCCGCGAUACACCGGUGGCACAGCUCACGACAAUACAGGCAAAGGAGGAUUGCGAUGCAAAGCUCUGGAACCUUUUCCCAGGCUGGCUUUGGUCGGAGAGGUCAAAGGAUACACCAUCUUGGGCUUGGAGUUAUGGAUACGAUAUUCAAAGGGACAGUGAGCGUCGAUGGGUGUGUAAGAUGUGCAUCAUCAAGAAUUACAGCAAGAAUUACCGUACUGCUGCCCAUUUUCAUGCUAGUGGCCUUGAAAACGCGAAGAACCACCUAUUUGACAAGCACUCGAUCUCGCCACCCUCCGGAAAGACAAAAUCUGCUAAACAAAGAAUGGUGGAGAGUAGCGGACGUAGGCAGUGUUUGCGAUCGAUAGCUGACAUGAUGAAGCUCGACCCAAUGCAACCGAAAGAGCAAGUUCUUGCGAAUCGCGUUAUCAAAAGCUUCAACCGAUCUCACUUUCAAAACCUCGUAAUGAAAUGGAUUGUCAGCAACAACCUCACUUUCGCAACGGUGGAGCACAGGGAGCUUCGGGCCAUCUUUGAGUAUUUGAACCCAUCAGUUUGUCUGUGA